AUGAGGAGCCCAACUUACUUUGAAGACACACUACAGGAAGCUCGCCUUUCAAAGAAAGCUUUAGAGAAAAAAGAAUCUGCCGACGUUUGUGUUAUCGGGGCCGGCUUAGCUGGGCUUAAUGUAGCACUUUCUUUGGUCGAAUUAAACAAAAACGUCGUUGUUUUAGAAGAACACCGAGUUGGAGAUAGUGCAAGUGGAAGAAAUGCUGGCAUGGUGUGCUCUGGUUUUCAGAGAGAACCUCUUGAGAUUAUGCAACUAAUUGGUUACGAAGUACAGUUAAAUAAUAGUGUUACAGUUAUUGCUUACUUAUAUAUUUAUAAAAGUUAUUUUAAUAAGAAAGCCAAGACUCUUUGGAGCUGGGCCUCUGAAGCCCGUGAUCUCAUCCUCUACCGCGUUCAUAAGCUUAAAAUUAAUUGUGGAAUUGAGAAAAGCGGCCAGCUUACUUUAUCCUGUUAUCCAGGAGUUAUUACUUCAAACUUAGUUUCACUUAUUAAUAGAAAUUUUGGAACCUCUUUUAAGUUUUGGACCAAGGAAGAAGUUCGGGCCAUUUAUAAAUCCACCUUUUACCACAGUGGGUUGUAUGACCCAGACUCUUUUUCGUUGCACCCUUUGAAUUACGUCUUGGGCUUAGCGAGGGCAUGCGAAUCCGAAGGCGCAAGGAUUUACGAAGAAAGCAAGGCUAUAGAAAUUAGGCAGAACAGUCAACCAGGCCGCCCUUGGGUAGUCUGUACACCUCAUUCCUCCGUUGAGUGUGACUACGUAGUUUUGACUAAAAGUUUCAGUGUAGAUUUUUCAUGUAAUACGAAAUUUGAGCGCUCACUUGCGUCUUGUUACACUUAUAUUAUGGUGACGGAGCCUUUGGGGAAAAGAAUUCGUGAGAUCUGUGGGCCCCACCCAGUUUGUGACGAUCGAUUGUCGUUGAGUUAUUAUCGUAUUCUGCCCGACUCACGAUUACUAUGGGGAGGACUGGCCUGCGCUUUUCCUAUAAAAUCUACACAGAAACAAAUUAAGCUCUUACGUCAAGAUAUGCUCCAGGCUUAUCCUCAACUUGAAGAUAUUAAGAUCGAUUACGUUUGGGGAGGCAAGUUGGCUUUUGGUUGGGAUUUAAUGCCGUUAAUCCAGGAAAAGAAUGGGAUAUGGCAAGUAUCCGGCUUUGGAGGUCACGGCUUGAUACCAACUACCUUAUGCGGAUCUCUUGUUGCUUGCGCAAUUUCCUCCAACUAUGCGGACACCAGGUGGAAAAUAUUAUCGGAAAGCUUCCAACCUAAAUAUACUGGCUGGCCUUUUACAACUUUUUGGACCUUCUUGUACUUAAAAGCCUUUCAACUCCGAGAUUAUUUUGUUUUUAAGUUCCAAAAGAGGGACUGA